CAAAUUUUAUAUAGGACCAUCUUUGUUUUUAAACGUUAGGGAAAUAAAGUCACGACUGCUCCCUCUUUUCCCUUUAUUCGCAGCUAUUAUACUUAUCAACCCUAACUCUGAACCAACAAACUUGUCUGCAGCCAUGGAUACGUCGCAAUCGUUGUGGGCUCUGUUCUCGGCUUGGCGUUGCUGCUGCUGUUACUGUGUCUGAGGCGGCGGUGGAGACAACUAGUGAAGUCGCCGAAGCCGGUGGUGGCUGCGCGAGUUGCCACGCCGGCGGAGGCGGGGACGUCGUCGUCGAAGGAGGAUAUAACUGGGGGUUUGGUGGAGGCGGAGAGGAACAAGCUCGUGUUCUUCGAAGGGGGAAUUUACAGUUUUGAUUUGGAGGAUUUGUUGAGGGCUUCGAUGGAGGUGUUGGGGAAGGGUAGCGUGGGGACUUCGUAUAAGGCGGUGCUGGAGGAAGGAACCACCGUGGUGGUGAAGAGGCCGAAGGAUGUUGUGGUGAUGAAGAAAGAGUUUGAGAUGCAAAUGAAGGUUCUGGGGAAGAUUAAGCACGAGAAUGUGGUUCUUCUCAGAGCCUUUUACUUUUUCAAGGACGAGAAAUUGCUCGUUUAUGAUUACAUGUCCGCUGGGAGCUUGUCUGCGCUACUACACGAUUGGUUCUGGUUUAGUUGGGGAGGAUGAUGCCUUGGGAUCUUCAGGAGCAGUUGCUGCUCGUAUUGAGUCAUCUUAUAUGAUAAACCUAUGUGACUUGGAUAUGAGGCAUGUAAAAUAUUUUACGUUUGUUCAUGGUACUAGAAACUACUGAUCUUCUGAGUGAGGUUACUGAAAGUGUGGACUACUAUGUUCAAGGAAAAACACUUGCCACGGGAAAGUUAUUUGGAAGGUAAUGUGUUGGUUUUUGAUGUUUCUGUAAGAAUAAAAUUCAAUUAGAUGGGUUAUUAUUUAACUUUCUAUAUUACUUCCUGCUUGUGGAUCUUUACCAUUUAUUUGGCUAGGAUUUAAUCUGUUUCUUGUCAUUUGUUAAUUUGAUUUUGCAUGGAGCCAUGGACUGUUACCACUUGUUGGGGAAACAAAAAGUGUAUUCCAUUUGUAUUC